GUAACCAGUUAGGGGCCCUGGUACAUCAAAGGUAAGCAGUGGGUUAUGUUUUAUUAUUUAUUGAUCAAUUCUAAUUGUUUAUUGAUCCACCAUCUGUACUAGAGUGCUAGGAAGUCAGAGGUUGAGAAUGUGGAAAACUAUAGGCUCUGUUUUUCUCCAGACUGCAGUUUUUGCCUAUCCUUUCCGAGACACUGCACACUUGGAAAAAAGAACUCACAUUUUUGUAAGGAAGGCUUGGAUUUGGCUUAAUCUACCUUUGUAGGACUGGGCAUAAGAAAAUGACGACAUGCUUUUUUGGCAGUGGAAGAGGAAUCAGAAGUGUUAAGCUGGCAAUUGAGGUUUCUCAUUUUGUUGGUAAAAUAUGACCCCUCGGAUGACUCCUUACCAGGCAUGGCAUAGUUUGGCUCUAAAGGAUGCUGUGUCUUACGUCUUGGAUAGCAGCCAUGUUAGUCUGUAUCCGCAAAAACAAAAGGAGUACUUGUGGCAUCUUAGAGACUAACACAUUUAUUUGAGCAUAAGCUUUUAUGUCUUAAGUCAUGCUUGGUUUUUAGAAUCUUGUAUUUCUGUAAAGAGUGGUGGUGAUUUCACUUCAGAAGUUGCCUCUUGCUCAAAGCCCUUAAAUUCCAGGUUGGUGGCAGCACACUAUCAUCAUAACAAAUCCCCCUGUUUAAGGGCUCAGCAGAAAGGGCAAGGAAUGGAUAUGGAUACUUUCAACCUCCCAGUACUUAGAAGUGAUACUAUUGCACCCAGGUUGAAGUGUGAUGUUAGAACAGUUGGUAGACCCUUGCUGUGCCUGUUCCCUUUCCAAACAGAGGACCUCAUUCUUUAAGCUGUCAAUUAGCACUCUUUCACCACCACUAAUUCACUCGGGGACCCUUUUAUAAUACAGGAUUGAACCAUGGCAUCACGCUGCUGUCUGAUAGUAAGGGUGACCCAUAUUCUAACUCUAGUAUGAGUGGGACAAUAUAAUGCUGCGGUAGGUAAUCGUAUUAUGGAUUAGGUCCUCAGUCAUAAGUACUUAUCUAUGGCGCAGCUGGGGAAAAGUUUAGAAAUUCAUAUUUUUAUUCUUCCCAUGGCUGUUAUAAUGCAAACUGUGUCAUAAGAUCUCGCAAGAGGCCUCAUUAGAAACCUAUGUUGAGCUUCCUCCAAAGAUAUUUAAUUGCUUUCAGGGGUGUCAAACAAAUUGGAUAUUGUGCAUCUUCCAAUGUAUGAAGAGUUGGAAAGUGUCUGUCAAGCUUCACUUGAAUCAAGUGCUAAUAAAAAUGGCAAAUGCCGUAUUCAUUGGGCUGUGUUUAAGAGGAGUAUCGUGGAAAACAAGCGAGGUAAUUAUUCUGCUCUACUCGACACUGAUUAGGCCUUAGAUGGAAAACUUUAGAUUUUGGCAUCACAUUUUAAGAUAGGCAAAUUGGAGUGUCCAGAGAGCAAUAAAAAUGAUAAAACGUUUUGUGAAAAUUUAAGACCUAUGAGGAAGAGUUGAGAACUGCUUCUGUUAAUUCCAGAGACUCUAGUCAAGGGGAGGUAUAAUUGUCUACAAAUACAUGAAGGGAUAUUAGAGGUCAGGGACCAGUUAGUCUAAUGCAAUAAGGACAGACCAAGAAGUAAUGGUCUUAAGCUGCAUCAUGGAAAAUUGAGGUUCCAUUUUAGAAAAAGAUUUACAAGAACAGACAAAGGAGGUAUGGAAUCUGCUUAAGUGGAGCUAAUCAAGGUGUACAUUUAAAAUCUAUCCAAGUUUAGGAAUUACUAACCCAGUUCUUCCACAAAGAAAGGGGGUAAAAUAAAUGACCCUCUAGGGAUCACUUCCAACCCAAAUGGUUUUGAUUAUGGCUGAAGUGUUUACUUUUCUGUACAAAACUUUGUACUCUGUGGCUGACUUUUUUGUGGGAGGACAAAGGUGGUCUACUAAACUGUUCUUUGCAGUGACUAUUUGAAUCUCCAUUUUUAGGACAGUAAUAACAGAAGAAUUCAAAGUGCCUGAUAAAAUGGUUGGAUUUAUAAUCGGCAGGGGCGGUGAACAGAUCUCACGGAUCCAGGCGGAGUCUGGCUGCAAAAUUCAGAUUGCUCCAGACAGCGGCGGGAUGCCCGAGAGGCCCUGUGUGCUCACUGGAACACCAGAGAGCAUUGAACAAGCGAAGAGGCUGCUGGGGCAGAUAGUGGAUCGCUGUCGGAAUGGACCUGGCUUUCACAACGAUGUUGAUGGCAACAGUACGAUCCAGGAGAUUCUGAUCCCGGCAUCCAAAGUGGGUCUAGUCAUUGGCAAAGGAGGCGAAACAAUAAAACAGUUGCAGGAGCGAACAGGCGUGAAAAUGGUUAUGAUCCAAGAUGGCCCAUUGCCAACGGGAGCAGAUAAACCUCUCCGUAUUACUGGAGAUGCUUUUAAAGUACAGCAAGCAAGGGAAAUGGUACUGGAGAUCAUCCGAGAGAAAGAUCAGGUAGAUUUCCGAGGCGUACGAAGCGAUUUCAGCUCUAGAAUGGGAGGAGGCAGUAUAGAGGUCUCUGUGCCCAGGUUUGCUGUUGGAAUCGUAAUAGGAAGGAAUGGAGAAAUGAUCAAAAAGAUUCAGAAUGAUGCUGGCGUUAGGAUUCAAUUUAAACCAGAUGAUGGGAUUAGUCCUGAAAGAGUCGCGCAGGUCAUGGGGCUUCCUGAUCGUUGUCAGCACGCAGCUCAUAUCAUCAAUGAGCUUAUUCUCACAGCACAGGAACGAGAUGGCUUUGGAAGCCUGGCAGUACCCCGGGGAAGAGGUCGUGGUCGUGGGGACUGGAGUGUUGGCACACCUGGAGGGAUGCAGGAAAUAACCUACACGGUGCCAGCUGAUAAGUGUGGCCUUGUUAUAGGCAAAGGUGGAGAGAACAUCAAGAGCAUAAAUCAGCAGUCAGGAGCCCACGUGGAGCUGCAAAGAAAUCCACCUCCCAACACAGACCCUAGCGUACGGAUAUUCACCAUCAGAGGAGUUCCCCAACAGAUUGAGCUCGCUAGACAUCUCAUAGAUGAGAAAGUUGGUGGUACCAGCAUGGGUGGACCUGGCGGUUUUGGUCAAAAUCCUUUCAGCCAAGCACCUGCUACACCUCAUCAAAAUGGUCCUCAGGCAUUCAUGACACAGGGUUGGGGCAGCACCUACCAGACGUGGCAACAGCCUGGACAGCAAGUUCCAAAUCACAAUGGUACCCAGUCAGGCCAGGUGGAGUUCACCAAGGCGUGGGAGGAUUAUUAUAAGAAACUAGGCCAACAGAGCCAGCAGCAGAACAGCCAGCCUGAUUACAGCAAGGCGUGGGAGGAGUAUUACAAAAAACAGAGUCACGCUGCCAGUGCUGCUUCUCAGGCAAGUUCCCAGCCGGACUACACAAUGGCGUGGGCAGAGUAUUACAGACAGCAGGCUGCCUACUAUGGGCAGACACUAGGGCAGGCUCAGGCCCACAGCCAGGAGCAGUAGAACAAUGUCCUUGUGGCAAUUUUUUUUCUUGGAAUCAUUGUGGAAGAAAACCUUUUUGUAACAGAGGUUUCUAGAUUUGCAACGUUUUGAUGAAGACUUUUCUGUUUGUUUGUGAAACACUAGUUGUAGGAUAAUCUAAACUGAACUUUUCUAAGAAUCAGGAACAAUUAGUAAUGUACUAAACUUAUGGACUUGCUGGUAAUUUUUUGUUUCCAAAUUUGUAAAAACUCCGGGAUUCUUUUUGGAAAGAAGCCAGAGAAUUACAGGCACCAAAACGCACCCCAGAGCUGUGACAUUUCAACAUGUGGUUUUUUGUGUGUUUUUUUUUUUUUUUUUUUUCUUUUUAGUUUUCAAUCUUUUCUGUUGCAACAGAAAGAGUGGCUUGGAAGUCUUAGGUGGUAUGUAACAAAUCCUAAAAAAAAAAAUUUUAAACAGUAUUUAAAUAUUCUUAAAUAUGUAAAUUCAUUAAAUGUUUUACUUCUAAUUUCUUGUAUCUUGGCUGUCUUUUUGAUUUUAUUGCAUUUUUUAAAAAACUGAACUAUGGUAUGUAUUGUAAUUAUGUGAAUUCUGUAUUGAGACACUGUUUUGCUGUCAGGCAAGUGUGGGGGGGGAGGUAUUUUGUAGGGUUUGUAUAAUUUCUAGAGUUCUAAAGGGUAAUAUAAAAAUGUGUUAAUUUUUUUAGCAAUACAUUUUUUCAUGUCUCCAUUGCUGGUUGCAUUUAUGUAUCUAAGACCUCCAAGCUUGUUUAAAAAAAAAAAAAAAAAACAAAAAAACCCUUCCUCUAUGCUCUCGGAAAUAUAAAUACUGUUAUUUUUAAUAUUAAAAUGAAUCCGCUAUUAGUACCUUUAACAAACACUGUGGAACAUUAAACCAUAUAAAAAGUAGUAACUAUUUUUUAAUUCCAAGGUGUUUUUGCUUUUUUCAUUUUUCUUUUUAAAUAUUUUCUUAUCUAAUAUUUGUCAAAUUACCUAGAGAAAUAAAUGAAUCUAGUAUUAACCACAGUAUGCGCUAAAUAAUUGAUUUAAUAAAAGGGAUAUGAUUUCCAAUGUUUACUGUAGUGUUUCUUGUACAGAUAACAGUGUAUUUUUAAAGGAAAAAACGGAAUUGAAGCUAUUUUUUCUUGCAUUUUUAAUUGACCUGCGGGACAUUCCGUUUUGAAAUGUACUGAAGUUACUGUUCUUGGGUUCUUUCCUUAUUUUUUCCUUAUAAUGCUUGAAAUGUCUAACUAUAAAGAAACGCCAUUGGAUAAUGUUGAGCAUGAUGUUAAAAAAGUGUUCCUUUUAUUUGACUGACAGUUGCAUUUUACACUCUCUAUAUAAUAAAAUUUCCACAAGAUGUCUUGUGGGUGAAGUA